AUGGCCAGGAGAGAUGGCAUCUGUGGACCACUCCACUUCUUUGACAUACAGAACUUGUUAGAUGUAAGAAUUUUAUGCGUGCCCAGACUAGGUCAAAAGUUUCCAAAACAUGAAAUAGAUGUGAUGCUUUCCUUUUAACCCUUUGAACCUGAGAUCCCGCUUUAGCGGUGCGUAUGUUAAAAAAUCUAUAACCCACCAGACAGAUAUUUCGGUCUCCCCUGCCUUAGCCUAGCUCAAGAGUCUGUAAUAUAAAAAUAUGUUGUAAAUACAGAAGUUAAAGUUUAACAUGCGACCUAUGAAAGGUCACAGUAAUGGCAGUGCCCUUGGAUUCAUUGUUUCUGUUGUGUCUGAGUAAUGUUUUUCUAUGUAUGGAGGUGAGGAAAAUGCACAAAAAUGCUAUUCUAAAGGAUUGAAAACACAUCAGGUUUUUUGUUUUAUAAUUUAAACAAUUGAAAAGAUUAUUGUUGUGUUUUGAAAAAAAGGAUUUUAAUAAAAGCAAUUAGACAUUGAUAGUGAUGAUCGAUGUGCUAGUGGUGGAAUGUGUAGACAAUGAUAGUGAUGAUCGCUGUGCUAGUGGUGCAACGUGUAGACAAUGAUAGUGAUGAUCAGUGUGCUAGUGGUGGAACGUAUAGACAAUGAUAGUGAUGAUCAGUGUGCUAGUGGUGGAACGUAUAGACAAUGAUAGUGAUGAUCAGUGUGCUAGUGGUGCAACGUGUAGACAAUGAUAGUGAUGAUCAGUGUGCUAGUGGUGGAACGUAUAGACAAUGAUAGUGAUGAUCAGUGUGCUAGUGUUUGAACAUGUAGACACUUAUAGUAACGAUGAACGUGCUUAGUAGGGGAAUGUGUGCUUUGGGAAAUUAUGUUGAUCCCUAGUCCUUGCUUUGGUUUGUAUGAAAAUCAAGGGUGUGAGACUGGCUUCUGUGCCAUUCUACAGGGAUUCUAAAACAAUUUUCUCCAUGUGACACAUUUGAUAACUGUAAAGGUCUGUUAACAGACAAAUUUAGAUUAACAUAAAUACAUAAUCAUGGAAUUCUUUUUGCUUGUGUGACUGUGAUAAUUUUACCUAGUAGCCCCUUGGCUUUGGUGUUGUAGGACCAGGAGCCAAGGGUUCAAAGAGGUAUUUGGAGCUGACUUGUUUUGGCUGAGCUCCACUCUGGGAAAAAUUUUUGUCAGCUCCGCUCUUUUGUCAGCUCCGCUCUAAGCUCGAAUUAAGGAGUUAUUAAAGGGUUGUUAAGGGGUGGUUAAAGGUGGGAGCUAAGAGCUUAAAAGAAAUGUGUUUAUUUCUGUCUUUUACCCAUCUUUUUUACUAAACAUGUGAAAUGCAUGUACCAGCAACUUAGCUGAUAUAAGAGUGAGGCAGCAUAGCUGGUAUAACAGAGGGGCAACAUAGCUGUAGUAGAGUGGGGGAAGAUAGCUUUAGAAGAGUGGGGUACAACUUAUCAAAAUUUAAUAAAAAUUAUUUUAUUAAAAUUUUAGAGCUUGGAACAGUAUGAAAUUUUUACCAGCUCCAGGCAAAAAAUAUCCUUUUCCAGAGCUCUGCUCCAAAUCCCUGCUCCAGAGCUCUGCUCCAAAUCCCUGCUCCAGAGUUCUACUCUAAAUCCCUGGUCCAGAUUUCUGCUCUAAAUCCCUGGUCCAGAGUUCUGCUCUAAAUCCCUGGUCCAGAGUUCUGCUCUAAAUCCCUGGUCCAGAGUUCUGCUCUAAAUCCCUGGUCCAGAGUUCUACUCUAAAUCCCUGGUCCAGAGUUCUACUCUAAAUCCCUGGUCCAGAGUUCUGCUCUAAAUCCCUGGUCCAGAGUUCUGCUCUAAAUCCCUGCUCCAGAGUUCUACUCUAAAUCCCUGGUCCAGAUUUCUGCUCUAAAUCCCUGGUCCAGAGUUCUGCUCUAAAUCCCUGGUCCAGAGUUCUGCUCUAAAUCCCUGGUCCAGAGUUCUGCUCUAAAUCCCUGGUCCAGAGUUCUGCUCUAAAUCCCUGGUCCAGAGUUCUGCUCUAAAUCCCUGGUCCAGAGUUCUGCUCUAAAUCCCUGGUCCAGAGUUCUGCUCUAAAUCCCUGGUCCAGAGUUCUGCUCUAAAUCCCUGGUCCAGAGUUCUGCUCUAAAUCCCUGGUCCAGAGUUCUGCUCUAAAUCCCUGGUCCAGAGUUCUGCUCUAAAUCCCUGGUCCAGAGUUCUGCUCUAAAUCCCUGGUCCAGAGCUCUGCUCCUAAUCCCUAGUGCAAAGGGUAAAAAUAAAAAGUUAUAAUCCAUUAAUUGAUUUUUUUUGUGUGCAAGAAUUAAAACUAAGUGAAGUAUAAUUGCUGUUAAGAAUAAAAUACAUUUCUGUGUUUAGUAUUAUAAUUUUAAAUCUUAGUUGAAUGAUUUCUGUAUUUCCUUAAAUUGGAUGGGUCAUUGUUGCUGCGCAAAGAGCUUGAUAAUGUCAUACAAAUUUUAGGCUGCAAGUAACAGUGGGGAAUUUUUUUUUAGUAAGUUCAAGAAAUAAUAUUUGCAUGAUCUCAAGUUAAAAAUCUUUAUCGUUGCAUUACAUUUAGGCAAUACUAAAAAUUGACUUGCCAGUUUAAAAAAAAUAUUGUUAAUGUUUCAGGCUGCCUGUAUCGAAAUGUAAAAUUAUAGAAAGAAUCGACUGUGGAACUCUUGUCUUUGUGUGAUAACUUAAAUGGCAGGAAUAAAAUUAAAAUUAGUAUCUUUAAAAUUUCAUUUAUAUUUUAUUGUAACUCAUGAAUAGGCCAUCAGCCUGCCAGGCAUACGGAAGUGGCCAGGACCGGGAUUCACUUUCUUCACUUUAGUGUGUCUUGACACUAAUCCAAGUCUUGACGCCUUUGGCCAGUUAGGAUCACCUUUGUCUUUCAGGCGAAUUCUCUACUGGUAAGUGGUGAUUUAUCAAAAAUCACUUGCUCAUAUCUUAAUAAAAUUAAACAAGAAAAAUUGGCAGUUAUUAUGUUGUUAAGUUAAAAUGCUACACAUUUUAUAAUCCUGUUGUUGCUUUUUUUUUUUUUUAAAUAAGUGCUCUACCCCCAUUCCCCUUUCGUACUUAAAAAAAACAAAUACUUAUUUUUACAAUAAAGCUAAUACAAGGACAGUAACUGUUGUUUCCUUUUCAGUUUCAGCGGCAGCAGUGGCAGUGGGUUUGAGGCUUUUGUAACUCCUUCCCACCACCUG